AACCAACGAGGCUGCAGAAGUUAGUACUAAGAGCAGUGUUGCCAAUACUUCAAAUGAGCAAGACACCCAUGUGAAGUUAGCCGCUGGGAGUAAAGGCCAGAAGAAACAGUCAACUGUCAACAACUUGUCAAGCGUUGUCGAAAAUAAUACCAAGGGUAAAACUCAAAAUAUUACUGCCAGCCAAGUAAAUCAAGCCAUAAAAAGUGCAAUGUCUGAGCUGCAUAUGGAGAAAGACCAAGCUUGGAAGGUUGUCCAGCACAACAAGAAGAAAAUCAAAGUUGAUACCAAAGCCCGACCCACCGCCAUAAGUGGCACUAAGGAAAAUGUUGGAAACCUGAAAAUUGCCAUACCAAAAAAGUAUUCUUGGAUCUUCCUAUCCCAAUUGUCCAAGGAAACUAAGGCAAGCGAGGUCGAAGAUUACCUAAAAAUAAAUGGGAUUCCAGAACACGAAUGCAUCAAGAUUACAACCAAAAAACCACUCAAAUAUAGUUGUUUUAAAUUAGGAGUGCCUACAGAAGUUGAAACCACAAUUUUGGAUGCCAAUUUCUGGCCCAAGGGAGCUUUGAUAAACAAGUUUUUAAACUUGAGGAGACUAGAGCCCCAAGUGGGACAAAACAACCCGAUGAGAGAUACCGAGGAUGUAAUAGAGGGUAGAAAAUCCUAUAAACAAAUCAAAAAGUUUCAAAAUACUACACCAAAACAUUCAAUGUCUAAGAAAUAAAACCUUGGACAUUGAAAUAACUUUAAACACACUUAACAUGGUGCCUGAUUUAAUAUGUCUUACUGAGCACUGGCUACGAGAAGAGGAGGUUGAUUCAAUAGUACUUAACCAUUUUAAAAUGGUGUCCUGCUAUUCAAGGAAAAGUAUGAUACAUGGAGGAUCAUGCAUACUCAUAAGGGAAGAUAUACAAGACUUUCAUGAAGUAGAUGAGGUUAAACAAUGCAGCAUCGAAGGUCAACUAGAAGUCUCAUGUGUGGCAAACAAGAAAGAAAGAAUGUUAAUAUUAUCAAUAUAUAGAACGUGUUUAGGCAGUUUUGAUAUCUUUAUUCAGCAACUUGAAGCAAUUUUGAAUUUUAUAAGUGUAAAAUACCUGGAUUUUAAGACCACAAUUUGUGGAGAUUUUAAUGUGAAUCUUUUGCUGGAAAGUAAUGAUAAAGUUCAAUUUAUGGACAUUCUCCAUAAUUUUAAUUUCGAGCAAAGAAUAUUUCAACCCACAAGAGUCACAAAGUCAACUGCCUCUUUGCUGGAUAAUAUUUUUACCAAUUUUGAUCAAUACGUCCAGUAG